UUAUAAAUUGUUUAGACAAAUAAAUACUUGAAAAAUUAAACAAUUUGACAAAAGCAACUUGAUAAUGAAAAGAGCAGUUUUUGGUAGUGUUAUAGGUAAGAACAACCCGUACGCACCGCUUGACGAUUUUCUGCAAGGCAAAUUACUAAAAUCAUCUCGCACCAUUGAUAAGACAUACGAUGACUUUAAAGAAUAUUUGGACGAUAAGCAGAAUUUAGAGAAUGCUUUCAAUGAAUUUAAGUACGAAUUCAGCAAAUCUUACGAAUCUAGCGAAGAGGAGCGUCGGAGGGAACAGAUAUUCCGGGACAACAUGUUGCGAGUGUACGGACACAACUUGAAAGCUCUGGACGGCACGUAUUCGUAUACAUCACGUGUCAGUGUGGACGCGGAUUUGACUCCUGAGGAGUUUAGGCAGAAACACACGCAUUGCCAGUUCGGAAUAAACCCACCCAUAGAUCACUCUAAGUCUGACUCGACUUCUGUUGACUCGCACACCGCCGAUAAGAGCUGGUCAGUCGAUUGGCGCGAUCAAGGACAAGAUUGUGGGUCGUGUGUGCCAUUUGCAAUGGCAGCAAUGGUAGAAAGUUAUUGGGCUCGUAGUGGCCACGGAGUCACCCCACUUAGCCCCCAGCAAAUUCUCGACUGUUUCCCUAAAGCGUCCUGUAAAGGAGUGAAUUCUACAGAUUUUCGCUCACUUUUAUCCUACAUUCAGAAAAAUGGUUUGACAUCAUGGGAAAACUAUCCUUAUACUGCCAAGAAAGGUACAUGUGAUCGGGAAAGGGAGUCUAAACGGGUGGCAACCAUUGGAGAACCGAGAGAAGACGAUCCUAGAAACGAAAGCACUCUCACGAGUUACGUGCGCGAUAACGGUCCCGCUUUUGUGGUCGUACACAUCGGCAUUGACUGGUUUUUAUACGCCCAGGGAGUGCACACCUAUCAGUGCGGGAAAUUUAAUCACGCGGUACUUGUGGUCGGUUACGGAUAUGAUAAAGAACUGGACAAACAUUACUGGAUCAUUAAGAACUCUUGGGGCGACCAGUGGGGCGAAGGAGGUUACAUACGGUUGCAUCGUAACGCCGCCACCAUGUGUCCAUUGCAUCCACUAUCAUUCCAACUGCCGUACAACACUGGUCAGUCUCCGGGUCCAACUUUGGCCGUAUUAUUAGAACAUAAACUGAAAUAUGAGCAAGGAUAG